CGUACGGGGGAGGUGCCACUGCCGCUUCCGCCAGAGGUGGCCUCCGCCGCGCAUGGAGGAGCUGCCCGUCGUCGUGGUCCUGCUCCUCCUCUUCUCCUUACUGCUUGUCCCGCUGCUGCUCCUGGAUAGGAGGCGCCGCGGUCGGCGGACGCCUCCGUUCAGUCUCCUGGUGGUGGCCGGCUCUGGUGGGCACACAACAGAAAUCCUGAGGUUACUUAGCUGUUUGUCAGAGUCAUACUCUCCUAGACAUUAUGUUUUGGCAGACUCAGAUAAGAUGAGUGAAGCUAAAAUACGUUCUUUUGAACAAAAAAGGGCUGAAACAUUCUCCGAGUCCCAGUUCAGCCUGGAUCGCAUUCCCAGAAGCCGGGAGGUCAGACAGUCCUGGAUCUCCUCUGUGCUAACAACACUAUACUCCAUACUUUACUCACUUCCUCUGACCUACAAACGGAAACCAGAUUUGAUAUUGUGCAAUGGACCGGGAACAUGUGUUCCUGUCUGUUUAUCUGCUUUUCUUCUUGGCCUUCUAGGAAUAAAGAGAACAAUCAUUGUGUAUGUAGAGAGCAUCUGCCGUGUGGAAACUUUAUCCUUGUCUGGAAAAAUUCUUUACUACUUUUCAGAUUAUUUCAUUGUUCAGUGGCCUGAUCUAAAGAAAAAAUAUCCCAAGUCAGUGUAUCUUGGUCGAAUAGUGUAACAACAGAAGACAAGCUAAACUUCACCUGAAAUAGAUCAUACAAGCUCCUCACUUGCAUUCCUGUAGUAAUUUAUUUUCAAGAAUUCCUGUCACUAAAUUAGGCUGCUACUUAAAAAUGAGACAAUAAAGUUUUCUCUACAUUUAAGUAAA